AUGGAUACUCCUUCAGAAGUCAAUCAUAAACUUCAUGGAGAACGGGGAGAGUUACUCAAAGAUCCCAAUCAGUAUCAACGAAUUGCGGGCAUACUUGUAUACCUCACGAUCAAUCGACCAGACAUCUCUUAUGGAGUUAACCUGAUCAACCAAUUUAUCCAUGCACUACAUAAACCACACCUUGAUGUUGUGUACAAAAUACUAAGAUAUCUCAAGUCUGCACCAGGGAAAGGGAUGUUUUACUCCAAUCGCAGGCAUCCUAAUGUUGUAGUUUACAUUGAUGCUGAUUGGGAUGGUUGCCAAACUGAUAGAAGAUCCACAACUGGUUAUUGUACUUUCAUUUUGGGAAACUCGGUUACUUUGAAAAACAAGAAACAAAAUGUGGUUGCAAGAUCAAGUGUUGAAACAUAA